AAUAAUAAUAAGGUUGCAAGAAAAAUAAUCCACAAACUUUAAUUUAUUUUUAAAGGAGUUUUUUUUUCUCCUUUAUUUAAAAAUUUCACCUGGUUUUCGCAUUGAUUUACAGCAUGCAGUGAAAAAUAGGAAAGACCCAGACAGGAUCAAGGUAACUUUAAAAAACAACAACAACAUAGUUUUAUCUUAAAACUUGGGUUCACUUAAAAAAAAAGUUCCUCCCCCCGCCUGAGCAUUUGUGAGGGUCAGCGUUGUAAUUUUUAUUUUGUCCAUUUAAUUUCCUUGGCAUCUACCAGAAGAGAAAAAUCUUUAAGUGACUCAGUGAAAUCCUUGAUAUGGUGAUAUUUAAUGACUUGCUGGACGUGGAGAUGUUCUCCAGAUGUUACUUUUAUGGCGAUGGAACUCACAUGUGAAAUGUGCAGUUCGGCGGAGUUGACGGGGCUGCGGUUCCAGCUGCUUUAUUGUUGUUAUAAACAGAGUGUCAAAUCUGUGGACAGUUUAGACCAGCCUUUCGAACGCCGGGGGCUUGGCAGACCUUGAUAGGACGUGCCGGGAGGAGAGUUUAGACGAAAGAGGAAUAAAAACAUUUCUCUCUCUGCGACGCACAUUGUUCCGAGGCGAAAACCAUUAAGGUUAUUGGAAGCUGAGAAGCAUGUUUUGCUUUAUGCUUCGAAAAUGACAUUCGGGGAAGGGAAGCCGGAUUCUUAGCAGGUUUAAAUGCUUAUUUUACAGAUGAGGAAACUGAGGCAAACCCAGGGUCACACAGCUAGUAAAUGUCUGAGGUGGGAUUUGAACUCAGGUCUUCCUGACUCCAGGCCCAGCUCUCUAUCUACUGCAUCGCCUCACUGCCCCACAAGAUCUCAAAUGUGGAGCCUCCACCUAAAUGGGUCCAGUCAUGCCUCCCAGUAAGAAGCCAGAGGGCUCAGGAAUUAGUGUUUCCAGUGGCCUGAGCCAGUGUUACAGAAGUAGUGAUUUGUCCAAGUCCCUUCACGAUGACGAUGACCUCGACUUUGCCUUGCCUGCCAUCCGAUUAGAAAAGGGGGCCAUGGAAGAUGAAGAGCUCACCAACUUGAACUGGUUGCAUGAGAGUAAGAACUUGUUAAAGAGCUUCGGGGAUUCGGUCCUCAGGAGUGUCAGCCCUGUUCAGGACAUCGAUGAUGACACCCCCCCCUCUCCCGCUCACUCUGACAUGCCCUAUGAUGCCAGGCAGAACCCCAACUGUAAACCUCCUUAUUCUUUUAGCUGCCUCAUAUUUAUGGCCAUUGAAGACUCUCCAACCAAGCGACUGCCAGUAAAGGAUAUAUACAACUGGAUCUUGGAACACUUUCCAUAUUUUGCAAAUGCACCCACGGGGUGGAAAAACUCAGUGAGACAUAAUUUGUCAUUGAAUAAAUGUUUUAAGAAAGUGGAUAAAGACCGAAGCCAGAGUAUUGGAAAAGGAUCCUUGUGGUGUAUAGACCCAGAAUAUAGACAAAAUCUAAUACAGGCCUUGAAAAAGACACCCUAUCACCCAUAUUCACAUGUGUUUAAUACACCUCCCACCUCUCCUCAGGCAUAUCAAAGCACAUCAGGUCCACCCAUCUGGCCAGGAAGCACCUUCUUCAAGAGAAAUGGAGCCCUUUUACAAGAUCCUGACAUUGAUGCUGCCACUGCCAUGAUGCUUUUGAAUACUCCCCCUGAGAUACAAGCAGGUUUCCCUUCAGGAGUAAUACAAAAUGGAGCCCGAGUUCUGAGUCGAGGUAUGUUCCCUGGAGUUAGACCACUGCCGAUCCACCCCAUCGGAAUGGCGGCUGCUGUGAGGAAUGGCAUGACCAAUUGCCGGAUGCGGACAGAAAGCGAGCAGUCCUGCGGCUCCCCGGUCGUCAGCGGUGACCCAAAGGAAGAUCACAAUUAUAGUAGUGCCAAAUCUUCCAACCCCAGGAGCACCUCCCCAACCAGUGACUCCAUUUCUUCUUCCUCCGCCGACGACCAUUACGAGUUUGCCACAAAGGGCAGCCACGAGGGCAGCGAGGGCAGCGAGAUCAGCUUCCAGAGCCACGAGAGCCAUAGCGAAACAGAAGAAGAUGACAGGAAGCAGAACAGAAAGGAGACCAAGGAUUCUUUAGCUGACAGUGGGUAUGCGUCCCAGCACAAGAAACGGCAGCAUUUAUCCAAGGUGAGGAAAGUCCCUAGUGAUACGCUGCCUCUUAAAAAGCGACGCACAGAGAAGCCCCCCGAGAGUGAUGAUGAGGAGAUGAAGGAAGCAGCUGGCUCUCUCUUACACCUAGCAGGAAUCCGAUCCUGCUUGAACAACAUCACCAAUCGGACGGCAAAGGGGCAGAAAGAGCAAAAGGAAACCACAAAAAAUUAAAACAAAUCAAUGAUUUGUUUUGAACUUACUAAAAAAAUUUUUUUUUUUGUUUCAGCACGUCAGGAGAAUUCUAAUGAUUUGUGGCAAUAUCAGCAAUUUUUUUUUCCUUUUGGUUUUGUUUAUUUUAUUUUUUUUGGACCCUUAAGAUUUUUUUUAUUUUUAAAGGAGAUUGAAGCCAUAGAACUCAUACUGACACUCAGCUGUUUUACAAAAGCUUUUCAUUAUCUGAAGACAAAAACCGUAAAAGCCAAAAUUUACAUUGCUUUCUCCAGCUUGUCAGAAAUACAUGGUUGAAUAUGCCGUGACACCCACAUUAAUGAAUUGGAAGGAAGUACAAUUUGGCACCAGUUAUCCCUUGGCACCUAGAGGAGAUGUGCACAAAUCAAUCAUUGGUCAGGCCCAGCCCCUAGGAUUAAGAAAUUUAAAUGAUCACACAAUUGGGUUAAUGAGUUGAAUGUGAAUUAAGGAGAUUUGGGGAAAGGAGGAAGCCCUUCCGUCUUGACAGAACCAGGAACCAGCCAGUGGCCCUGUGGGUUCCAGUGGUGCCGUUGCAAGUCUGGAAUUGCCACAUGUCAGGCAUAGUUGUUUCCUGCUUUUUACAUACCCUGUGGCUUGGAAAUGUAAAGACUGAUGCUUUUUUAAGUGGUGGAAACUGAACUGUGUAUGUGAUGGGUUUCAGUGAAUGAUGAGAAGAAAUAGGGCAAAUUGUUAGAGAUCUCGCUAAUCAUUGAAUUCUGUCUUCUAUAGUAAAUUCAGAAGCCAUAAACCCGAAGAUUGGCACUGCGUACAAAAAGUAAUAACAAUAAUGCAGAGAACAAGCUAUGUCUUCUUAACUGCCUGAGUGAAAAGCAAUCAAGUCUAAGAAAUUACAGUAGAUAUUAAGGAAGGAAAUAAUGAUGCAGAUUUUUUUCUGUGGAUCAAAAAUAGUUGAUCUAAUUUUAAAAAAAUUUAAAAGCUACAAAACCUGCCAUUAGUAUUAUGAUGUGUUAAAAAAAAUUUUUUUUGUUUUCAAGGCGUAUUGGUGGACAAGAAAAUAAAAAUCUACCAAAAAGAGCUCCUAAGCUGCCCUCAGAAAUGGAGAUUGCAGUUAAUGUCAGUCAGGAUUCAUCUGUGCAAAAAUCAUUGAUUUCCAGAUUCACCCAGUAUAGCCAGCAAGAAUAUAUGAUCCACAGUGCAUGGAUUCCUUUGAGGAAAACAAAACAAGAAAUCACAAAAACAAAAAAAAAACAAAAACAAAAAAAAACUUUUUUUAUUCAAAGAUAACAAAGUUCUUGUAAGGUAAAUAAUGUAUUUAGCAUGAAGCAUGAAUUAUUUUCAUAUAAAUAUAGAAAAUAGAGAAAAGGCUAUGCCUCUAAUUUUUAAGCCUUUAGGCUUAGAAGUUUUUUGUUUUUUGUUCUGGAUGGUUUUUUUUUUUUGGGUAUUUUUUUUGUUUUGUUUUGUUUUGUUUUAUUUUGGUUUUUUGAAGCAGGUGUUUAAGGUUUAACCUUCUUCAGGGACAAACACUGACUGUUGGGGAAUUUACUCUGCAAUAUAUAUAAAUAUAUAUAUAUAUAAAUAAACUCCACGCUCUGGUAGGGCUUGGAUGGUUGAACUAUACUGCCUUGUCUGAACAUUCAGCCCCCCUUCUCCCACCCCACCCCACCCCCAACUCCCCGACUUCUCUGUUUAAAAAAGUGUGUCCUUUCUCUUUGUCUGUAAAUGUCUAACAUGACGCAAUAAUUUGAGGGCAAAUUUAGUAGUGAGUGUGUAUGAUAGAAUCAAGAGAAUAAUGGGAAGCUGAAACUGAGAAAAUCAUGAUGAUUUGGUUCUAGGAUAGAUGGCAGUGAAUAAUUAUGCAAAUUUGCCCCUAAGGAGGAAGAAGAAAUUGCUAACAGGCCUUAUCUGAUGAUGAUGUGAGAUACAUGGUACUAUGUUCAGGAGGGAGUGACACUGUGGUGGAAAUGCUACUCCCAGGACAUUCUAUAGUAACAAUAGAAUUUAACAAGAGGCGAGAGGAAGCCUCUGGUCUCCAUUUCCUCAGCACUCUAGAAUCUUAUCCUAAUAUCAUCUGAAUUAGGAGGAUACAGCACAACAGGACAACCUAGUUAAAAACAGAAACCUCUCAUAUUUUUCCAUUUGUUUGAAAAAAUGCAAAUAGGCCCCUAAGAUCUUGGGUCUUUUUUUCUCCUUUUCAAAACCUCAAAGAGCUAACAAAAGAAAGAUCUGAUUUUUUUUUUCCUCCCACCUCUUCGGUGAAUUGAAAUUAAAACAAACCAAUUACCACCUGAUAUAGAAGGGACUCAGUGGGUAAUUUUGAUUAAGAAAUGGAAGGCACAUGCAAAGGGUUCAGACCCAUCUGCUGGUUUUUGGUAAGAGGAUGGAAGGCUUUUCAGUCAAAGUGAGACGACCAAUUGACCCACACCACAAAGCUGUUUCCCUCUGAUUAGGUAAAGAGAGGAAGUCUUUCUUUUCUCAAUAUACCACAAAUAGAACCAUUUAAUUGGACCUGAAUUCACCUUUUGUUGAUUUAGCAGCAUUACCCAGACAAGAUUCUGUCACUGAAGUGUGGGUCCUUUUUUUGUCUGGAUAAAUGGAGACAGAAACGGAGGCGAUCUAGUCUCUCAUUCUCACCUAAGAUCCCUCCAACCAUGAAGGAGAUCAUCCAUAGGUGGAAUGAAUCGGAGUUCUCUUUCCAGCUAUCUUGUCCUCGUUUAAUAGGAGAUUCCCCCACCUCAGCCUCUCUCUCCCUCUAAAUCACAAGUGUUGUGUUCUUUACUCUUGAACCACUCUUUUGCUUAAAUACCUCAAUCAGCCACUUUCCAAGUGUCAUUUUCCCCAAGCCUCCCUCUUUGGGGCAACUUUAGCAGGGGCUCUUUCUUCUCCUCUUUAUCAUUUCGAAGGUUACGCAUGGUGCAUAACCAAAAGAAGUGUCAGUCCAGAAUCCUGGGAUCCGAGUUGGAAGGCGCCUCCGAGGGCCGGUCCCGCUCGACCCAUCUGAGGCCAAGCGUCUCCUCUGGAACAAACAUGAAACCAGGUGUUCAGCUUUUCCGGGAAGACCACUGCUAUGGUGGAACCUACUAUCUCUUGAAGAAGCUCUUUCAACAGUAGCUGUAAUUAUUAGGAAGGUUUUUCCUUCCACACGCCGAAAUGUGUGUCUCUCUUACUUCCUGUUGCCCCCUCGUUCUGCCCUCCAAGGCCGAGUUUAAUCUCUUCUCCACCUCGUCUCCCUUUGGUUCUCUUUCCCCCUCUUCCAUCCCAGUGAUCCCCAUCUGGCAUGAUCUUCAAGGCCUUUCAUUCUCCUGGUCGCCCUCCUCUGGAUUACCCUCUAUCAUAGUCAUGUUCUUAAAAAUGUGGCGCCCCAAACUGAGCACAAUACUCCAGAUGGGGUCUGAGAAGGGCAAAAUGCACUGGGAUUUUCCCUUCCCUUUUUCUGGAAACUAUGCCUGUCUAAAUGUAGCACAUGAUCCUAUUCGAUUUUCUUAUUUUUUUAGCUACAGUAUUCCUUUGUUCACUCACGAACCCCUAAGUGUUGGGGUGUUUGUGUUUUUUUCCCCCAAUUAACUACAGUUUGGCCACACCUGACCCAUUUUGAACUCGGGACAUUAAAUUUUGAAGCCAUCCCAAGAUUUUAUUUACAUUUUCCCCUAACAAAUUUCAUCUCGGGGGCAGAGAUUGAGAUUGCCCCCAGUUAAGGGGGGCAUUGUGAGCCAAGUGUAGAGACGGGAGGUCCUGAGUUCAAAUGUGGCCUCAGAUACUCUUCUGCCUUAGAACCAAUUAUAUUGAUACAGUAUUGAUUCCAAGAUAGAACGUAAGGGUUGUUUGGUUUUUCCUUUGGUUUUUUUUAAAAUAAAUUUCAUCUCUUUAAUUUCUGCAUUCAUGUCCUUGCCUUUUGGGAUCUCCUGGGCUCCUGAUUCUGCCAUCCAAUGUGCUGGCAAGUCCUCUGAGCUUUGGGUGAUCUGCAAAUGGGUCACUUGCAUAUAUAAGUCUUUUAUCCCAAGUCUUUUUGGUUAAUGCUCUAUUGGGCACCUUCCAAACUAUCAUCCAGCCAUGAAUGACUUCUUUAGGGCUAACCUGUUUCAGGUGUCUCUGACUCAGUGUGAUUGAGUCCCAUCUUUUCUGCAUUACUAGCCUGAAAGACACUGUCCCAGACUUCCUUUAACCCUGAGGUAAUCUCUCCCCUACCAACCUGCACUUUUAGCAUAGAUAAAAGAGUCACUUGCCUUGGCCAAAAGAUAAACCAUGGUAUACUCUAUGCAGAUCCCUGUAAAAUUCACCUUGUACCCCAUGCUUUCUCACUCUUGCCAGUAGCUCUAGCAGGGCCAACUCCCCUGAAAAGCAAUUACAUUUCACAUUUUAAAAGAAAUUGUUCAGCAAUGAACCUGGGUGGGAGGAGGAGGAGGAGGAGGAGGAAGCGCUCUUUGGAUGUACCUAGUUGAAGGACAAGAUGGUUGGCGCUUUUGAACCCAAAGGGACAGGAGACCCCCAGUGCAUUUAAACAUUUAAGCGAAGCUCUGUUUGUGAAAGAAUAUUUUGAAUAAACUUAAUACACUUUAGGCCUAAAAUUCCCUUCCGAACUUUUGAUCAUUCAACUUCCAAUACCUAUUUAUUUAUUAGUUUGCCCAUUCUGUUUUGAUCAUUGGUCUUUUGGAUCAUGGUGGUUCCAGUGGUUCAGUUCUAUUUCAACAGCAUCAAAAGCUACCUUAAGUGGCCUAGAACACAUUUGUACUCUAACCUAGAAUCACAUAUUAUUGGCUCUGAUAUAUUUAAGAGAAUAUCUUCACAUUUUUUUAUUAAAUGAUAUACAUUUUACCCAAUUUUUUUAUCCUCUUGUCAUUGAAUCUUUCCUCAAAACUCAGAAAGAGGAAUUAUAUUAUUGAUCCCCUUCCCUGCCCAUAGUGUUCUAAAACCUCUCGCUUUCCUCCACAACAGAUAUUUAAGUUUCCAGGAAUUCUUUGGUGCAAUUACACCAGACUUCCACGUAGGAAGUUGCCAAAUCUUUGUUGCAGUUGAAACCCCCCUGCCCCCCAAAUCCCCCAGCUGAGCAAGCUAUGAGCAAUUUUUGACCUGAUCCAAUCAUGGCAAUUGUUUAAAGCCAUUGUAAAAGCUAUGUAACUAAACAUGAAAGAAAUCUGUAACAGGUCUGGCCUGAGAAUCCUUUACCUUUUCUAAAUCCAAUUCGGGUGUUUGGAGCUAGCAUAAUUGUUCCUGGUGAAUGCCUUGAGUGAGAUGCAGGAAACACUGAACUAUAAAUCCCUAGAGCUUCUAGAGAGAAAAUCCUUUUUGAUGGCUUCUCACCUCCCCCAAAAAGUCCUGCUAUACAAAAGGACUGACCAGUGUCCAAGUGACAUCAAACCUAUUCCUGAGUGUCAUUCCCAUACUGUGUUCAUGGGCCUUCAGCCACUCACUGAAUGGACCGAAUGGAAAGGUAACCAGAAUUUAUGCAACAGGUGACCUAAUGAGAAGAAUUUAGCAUAUGGAAUUGGAUUAAACGUAUUUUGUUUUGGGUUGGUUGUUUUUUUUUUUUGGUUUGUUUUUCUAACCCACCUCAUUGCAUUUAGAAUGGGAAUGGUUUCUUUGUGGUGGAUCACAGCUGCCCGGAUAUUAUAAUUUUUUUUUUAAUAUAGACAAGCAAUUUAAUCUUCUAGAUUUUGCCACCAAAAGACCCUUUGGACCACGUACAUCCUCCUCUUGACCAUGCCCGCAUUAUCAGUGUUGACUGUUAAAUCCCCAGUAUCAUAGUUCACAGCCCUCCAGUUAUCUAUCAAACACUGUUAUGCACAUAAUCCAGCACUGUGAUCUAAUUUAAAUAAUACUUUUUUAUUAUUUAUACUACUAUAGAUGAUAGACAUCAACACUUUUUUGCUAUAUAACCUAAGUAAUAACCCUCUUUUAGUUACCUGCCAAACUCUGAGAUUGUUUGGUUUCUCUUGCAGUUAGCACAGCUACAACAAUGUCGUAACAAUGUCUUUUUUUCCUUCGUAAUGUGUAAAUCAAAAGUAUAUACAUUAUGUGUGUGGUUUCUGUUUCAAGCUGGAGUUUUGCAAGGAUUUACACAUAACAUUCAGUGUUCUGUAUACUUUUGUGAAUCCAUCUGUCAAUCCUUUCUUCCUUGGAGCAAGCACCAACCAAGGUUGGUAAUUCUUUUCCUUUUUGUUCGUUUUUUUUCCUCUCUAUUCUUCCCUCAUACUGGUUUAUUCUUGAAUUAAGCACAGAAUUGUCAACUGGGUUGCUUUAUCAUUAAUAGUGUACUCAACAUUGUGAUUCUUCCAUGUUUCGACAAAUAAGUGCUAAUUUCACUGACCAAAAAUUAAGGGAAGGAUGAGGAAAACAGAAUAAAGAAAAACAGAACAACUCUUAAAAGUCCAAACCUAAUGUGUCUAUGGUGCUGCAUCAUUGCUGUUGCACAUUUGAAAAUCAGAGAUGUUACGAUCACUUCUGACUUACCGUGCUAACAAGUAGCCUUCCUCUUUUGUUGUUGUUGUCGUCAUGAUCAUUGAAACCAAGAAUAUUUAUUUGGAAAGAUAUGAACAGUGUUGUAUUUUUUUCCCCUCUGUAUUGCAUUUGCAACAGGUGCAGAAUGGCCUUCUCUACCUUUUGCAAAGUAAUUGAUUUUCCAUAUUGGAUUCACAAAGACUUCGAUAUGGUUGAGCUAGCAUACCUAGCAAUCAUAUUUCAUCCUUUUUUAUUACUAUGGCCUGAAAUCCCCAAUCCCUUCUUGUAGAUUGAAACUGAGCUCACUUUCAGUUAUUUAAACCUGGAACACUUCUCGAGUAUGUUAUAUGAAGGCCAUUUAUUUAAGGUCAUGUUGUCUGACAUUCAGUAACCAAUUUCACAUCUGUAUCAUUCACACUCACUACUUUAACUGCCGUGGUAAAAAUAUCAAGGGGAAAAAAAGUAUUUGUGUGUCUGGAAAACAUUCUACGCCAGUACUUUUUUUUGCUCUGAAUCUGUAACACUUCUGAGUUUUGUUUUUUGUUUUGUUUUGUUUAACAAAGAGGAAAAUAAAGUGAUAAAGCAAUCAAAAGACUGAGAGGUUUAGGAUCGAUGCUUAGGGGUCAGUUGACCUUCACCGGUCAAUAACCUUACCUGGCCAAAUUAAUUUUAGUUGAGAAGUAACUUUUCAAAAGCCAAUUUUUUUUCUCGUAUUUGCUGUAUGAAACUGCCAAUAUCACGAAUAGAAAAUGAGAACCACGAUGGAAGAAGAAAAAGUAAUGUUAAGUUGUAUUUUUGUGUUACCUAAGUGAGCAGUCCGAAGGCAAGAGCAAGCAGCUGAACUUUAGGGAAUGAGAUGGUGUUGAUUUAGAGGCAUACAUACCUGCAUUUUACAUUUUCUUGAUGUGUAAUCAUAUUGCCAAAGACAAACUAUUUCAUCAAUUAUUGUAAAUAACACUUUUCCCCAAACCUACCAUAAAGUUUCUGUGAUGUAUUGUCUUCCAGUUGCAAUAAAAAUUACUGAGUUGCAUCAAUUGAAGAAAAAAAUAGUAGUAUUGUGUGUACUGACUCUCAAUAUGUAAAUGCUGAGCAGUAAAAUAAUUUAUAUUUCUUACCUGC